CUACAUUAGCUAAUGUCAGCUAGCUUUGCCCUGCUGGAAACCUCGCCCAGUCCAGCUACGCAGCGUAUGUUUACGCAAAUAUGUGUGCAUACAAGCUAGCUGUUGGACACGACAAGAUAACUGUUUGCUUGCGUAGGGGAAUUCCUUUCAUUGAAGCCACCCAAUCACCCAAACCUGAUCCACACGUAACUACGCAGUUUUUUGUUUUUUGUUUGGCGAAUAAGUCCUUGCCAGUGCCGCAGUUGGCGAUUGCAGUGCUUUCGUGGGGCAGUUGGCAGCUUUGACAGAUUUUGAUUUGAGUAUGAAUGGGCAGCUGGACCUAAGUGGGAAGCUGAUCAUCAAAGCUCAGCUGGGUGAUGACAUCAGGCGGAUCCCCAUCCAUAAUGAGGACAUCACCUACGACGAGCUGCUCCUGAUGAUGCAGCGCGUCUUCCGGGGGCAGCUGCAGAGCAACGACGAGGUCACCAUCAAGUACAAGGACGAAGAUGAUGAUCUCAUCACCAUAUUCGACAGUUCCGAUCUCUCCUUUGCAAUCCAGUGCAGCAGAAUACUCAAACUCACUCUGUUUGUGAAUGGGCAGCCAAGGCCACUGGACUCCUGUCAGGUGAAGUACCUGCGCAAGGAGCUGAUUGGCCUGAGGAAUAAAGUCAACAGCUUAUUGGACAGCCUGGAACCGCCCACAGAACCUCCUGCAGAGAUACCCGUCCCCGAGAGGGUGUGUGUAGGUGAUAAGGUGUGUGUGGAGCCAGUGAAAGCCCCAGUGAGUGCUGCAAGCAUGUCUGCGUUCGACCCACUCAAGAACCAGGACGAGGUCAGCAAGAACGUCAUCUCCGCCUUUGGCCUGUCUGAGGAACCCAGCGCAGUUCCUGCUGCUGUAGCUGCUCAAGCAGAGGAACGUUCUGGAACUCCUGACAGCAUCAACUCCGCCUCCUCUGCCCCCCCACCAGCUGUGGCCCCCCAGGCCCCCGCCGCCUACGCACAGCAAGCAGUGGACGGUCAGAUGUAUCAGCAGUACCAGGCCCCAGGUGGAUAUCCCCCCCAACAGCCUGCAGCCCCACAGCAGCAGCAGCCACAACAGCAGUAUGGCAUGCAGUACCCUGCAGGUUACACCCCCCAGCAGCAGCCUGGAGCGCCUCAGCAGCCCCAGCAGCAGCAGUUCCAGAACUUUCCGCCGCAGGCCCCCACCUCCCAGGCCCCCGCCUCGGGCUUCAGCACUGGCCAAUCACAGCCUCCCCCUCCCCAGGGGGCUGCCCAGUACCCCCCAGGGGCCUUCCCCCCUCAGAACUACACUUCCCAGGGUGCACCUCAGCAGCAGCAGCAGCCAGCCAAUUACAGCCUGCCCCCCACCUCUCAACCCGCCCCCGGCUACCAGCCCCGCCCCACCUACACCCCCCCACCUGGUGCCACGGUAACCCCCCCUCCCGGAGGCUCCAACCCCUAUGCCCGAAACCGCCCUCCUUACGGAGCAGGCUACACCCAGCCCGGCCCUGGAUACCGAUAAACCCUUCCUCCCCCAGACACACACACACACACACACACACAUACACACACACACACACAUAUACACACACACACACACACACACACACAUACACAUACACACACACACACACACACAUACACACACACACACACACACAUACAUACACACACACACACAAACACACAAACACAACACACACAACACACACACUCCGAUGACCUGAUGUUGUCAGAAGUGGUCAUGUGAGCACCCCACCCCAACCAGCCUUCAUAUCUGGCCUCCCUACACACACACACAAGCACCCCCCAUUUAUUUCAUUUUAGUUUUUGUGUGUGUGUGUAUGUGUGAUUGCACAUAUGAGAGACCAAACAGAAUAGGAUUUACGUGUGUGUGUGUGUGUGUGUGUGUGUGCGUGCUCACUUGUAAGGUGCAAGCUGGGAGUUUAAUGAGAGUAAAAGUGUGUUUGUGUAAAUGUGUGUGUGUGUUUCUGUUUUGUCUUCUGUCCGUCCAUGUUAGUGUGUAUUUUUGUGUGUUUGUGUGUUGAGUGUUUUAUCGCUUGUCACCCUGACCCUGUCCUAACGCACCCUAAAUUGUAACAGUUAAAACACUAGAGAAUGAUCAGUGCUCAGGCAUAGUCCUGCCUUUUGAAGGAGUCUCCCUCUCUCUCUCUCUCUCUUUCUCUCUCUCUCUCAGUUGUUUAUAUCACUCUUUUAUCUCUUCUCCCCUCUUUGUGUAUGUUCAUCCUUCGCUCCCAGUCUUUUCUAACGGCUGCAGGUGUGUCUGCAGUUGCUGUAGGACUUUCUGUUUAAACUGUAACUCUUCUUUUUUUUUUUUUCUCAAACUAAAUAAAGGCUUUCAAAUGGAA